CAUGAAUAUUUUCAGACAACCAUGGAGUGAUCCAAUGCAUUUACUAAGCCCAACGCAGCAGCAGGGUACUUCCGUCACAUCAUUAUCUCAACGUCUCUGUACACGUGCUUCUUAUUCCUCACCGAAAUAACUAGCCGUUACAGUUUUCCCCCAAUCCUCAUAAACCCUAAUUUCACUACUCACCUAGCAGUAUAUAAACACACUCAUAAUCAUCCUCAAUUUCAUUACAACCGCCGCUCAAACUCCAAGAAAGCAAUCAAAUCAAACAUCCUUUGAUUUCGUUGCUUCUUCAUCUUAAUCUCCUGAUUGUGUUCUGCCUCUUGAGUUUUAUUACAUCUCUGUUGAACUAACUCUUGUUUUGCAGGAAUUCAGUACUGUUUUGUCUUUGAUUGUUUUGAUUUGUGUGUUUAUUAUUGUUAUUAUUAUAUAUCUGUGUGUUGUUUCUGUUGUUGCUAACGUUAUGGAUGCAGGAGCCGCUAAUUCUUCGUAUAACAAGGCGACUAACUAUAGAUCUCCUCUGCAGAGAAAGAAUUCUCGAGACGAUUUGGAUAGGUUUAUUCCGAAUAGAUCUGCCAUGGAUUUUGACUAUGCUCAAUACAUGCUGAUGGAGGCAAGGAAAGGUAAGGAAAAUCCAGCUGUGAGCUCCCCAUCGAGAGAAGCUUACAGGAAGCAGCUAGCUGAAACUUUCAACAUGAACAGAACUCGAAUUUUAGCUUUCAAGAACAAGCCACCAACCCCCUCCAAGGCUGUUCAAAUUGAUUGCUUGUCGGGAGCUGUUCACCAAGCAAAGCCCAAGACACGUCGUUACAUUCCACAGACAUCCGAGAGGACCUUAGACGCUCCCGAUCUUGUGGAUGAUUACUACUUGAAUUUAUUGGACUGGGGUAGUGCAAAUGUUCUUGCCAUUGCUCUUGGAAACACAGUAUACCUGUGGGAUGCUUCUAAUGGCGCUACUUCUGAACUAGUCACACUUGAUGAGGAAAGUGGUCCAGUGACAAGCAUCAAAUGGGCUCCUGAUGGGCGCCACAUUGCUGUUGGUUUGAACAACUCUGAGGUUCAGCUUUGGGAUUCAACAGCCAAUAAACAGCUAAGGACUUUGAGAGGUUGCCACAGCUCCCGAGUUGGAGCACUUGAUUGGAACAAUCAAAUUUUGACUACUGGAGGGAUGGAUGGUCAGAUUGUCAACAACGAUGUAAGAAUUAGAGAUCAUAUUGUUGAGACCUACAGAGGACACCAUCAAGAGGUUUGUGGACUAAGAUGGUCAGCCUCCGGUCAGCAAUUAGCUAGUGGAGGAAAUGAUAAUCUCCUACACAUUUGGGAUAGGUCAACGGCUUCUUCUAAUUCUCCAACACAGUGGCUUCACAGGCUCGAAGACCAUACUGCUGCUGUCAAAGCUCUAGCCUGGUGCCCAUUUCAAGGGAAUUUGCUUGCCUCCGGAGGAGGUGGAGGUGAUAGAUGCAUCAAGUUCUGGAACACCCACACUGGUGCAUGCUUGAACUCUGUUGACACAGGAUCACAAGUUUGUUCUCUGUUGUGGAAUAAAAAUGAGAGAGAGUUGCUCAGUUCUCAUGGUUUUACUCAGAAUCAACUUACUCUUUGGAAGUACCCGUCAAUGGUCAAGAUUGCAGAACUUACUGGUCAUACAUCUAGGGUACUUUACAUGUCUCAGAGCCCAGAUGGAUGUACUGUUGCAUCGGCGGCUGCAGAUGAAACACUCAGAUUCUGGAAUGUUUUUGGAACUCCUGAAGUAGCAAAACCUGCACCAAAGGCAGCCCAAGAGCCAUUUGCUCACUUGAAUCGCAUUCGGUAAAGUAGAAGACUAUUGUGAUCUAUCAACAGGAUAUUUAAAGAACCACCAUAGAAGUACUAAAGACUUAACAUAUAUAUAUUUCAGUUUGAGGUCCCUUUAACUGAUUAGAAGAUAUACCAUGUAUUUAUUUGUGCAUAACACAUUAAGCUUUGUUUAUUUAUACACUUGUAACAAAAAAGGUUGAUUUUGCGCAACUGAAUAGAAAAAAACCAACACGUACACUUAUUGUGACGUGUACUGAUUGGAUUUUUUAAUGGACAUCAUUUAGGUUUUCUGUAUUUA